UCUCGUGUUGUUUGACGGAGGAGGGAAGAGUUCGGUGUUCUUUGAGACGGUGUUGUUUUGAUUUUCGAAAAAGUUCUGGAUGUCGACGAUGAGGACUAACGCAGGCGAUCUGCGGUAGAACGAGGGUCGCUCGAAUUUGAUUUGUUUACUGUUGUACACGGCGGAGGAGUGGACGGAAAACAUGCAAUGGAUUAUAAUCCUCGCGAUUUGCCUGCUGGCGAUGCUGAAGUGCAGGCCAGUGUCCGCUGCCAGGCUGGCCGACAUAUACUGGAACUCAUCCAAUCCUAUGUUUCGAAUUGAUAACACAGAUCACAUCAUUGAUGUUAACAAAGGGAACAUUCCGUUUGAAUAUGACCAAGUUAACAUCAUCUGUCCAGCAUAUACUCCUGGCACUAAAGAUGAAGAUGUUGAAAGAUACAUCAUAUACAAUGUGUCCAAAGAGGAGUACCAUUCGUGCCGCAUCACCAAUCCCAAUUCACGCAUUAUUGCUCUCUGUGAUAAACCUCAUCAGUUGAUGUACUUCACCAUCACCUUCCGAUCAUUCACUCCACAGCCGGGAGGCCUAGAAUUCCGGCCGGGCCAGGACUACUACUUCAUAUCAACUUCUGGUGGUGGUUCUCAUGCUCUGGAUCAAAAAAUUGGUGGAAGGUGUGCUACACAUAACAUGAAAGUGAUCUUCAAGGUUUGCUGCGGGCCUUCAAAACCCUCCACAACAGAAGUCCCCAGCAGUACCACAACAGUCAGCAGCACCACCACAAGCAGUGUGGCGCCCUCUGUUUCUUCUUCGACUCCCUUCUACCGCUUCCGCCGCCCUACGAUGCCGCCCUUCAGGCUGCCACCCAGUAUCAAUACGAGCAAAUAUCCUCAUUUCAAAACCUAUGACUUCCCGCGGGAAGAAGAGCACGGCAAGAUGCCGUCCAAAAAAACUGAAGACAGAGACAAAUUGCCAAAUGAAACAAGAGCUAAAAACGAAGAGUUAAAAAACCAAGCUUCUUAUUUAAAACUACAACAGAACUGUAUCGUCACAGUGACAAUGCUCCUGCUCACUCAGUACCAUCACCUACUGGCCAGGUGAAGCUGCGCCGCCUAUACCAUGUGUAGAAAGGAUCUGUAUUUUAAUGUUGUGUAAAGAAUACAUUACUUUCCUUGGCUGUGAUAGCUGCAGGAAGCAUAUGGAGGUACUUGUGAAGAAAAAGAAUCGAUCCUCUGGUCAUAGACUCAUUGUUGAUGGACUAUACGCUCGACAGGGUUCAUUUCAACUUUGUUUUACAAGUCAGAAACUUCCAGAUUAUGUGUCUGCAGCGGACUCAUGUGGGAGCUCGAGCCCCGACGUUUUUCCUACACUCGAAAAGUAGUUCUGUGAUUGUUGUUUGAGUCUUGAGAGCUACAGAUGGUUUUGUCCUUGUACUUUCUACGAUUAUUUAUUUUGUAAAUGACCAAUGUAUAAAAGUAUGCAUGUUUGUUAUCUGACCCGGAACUCUCGAAGAAUUCAUUUUGCAACUUGAGGCCACUGCUAUGCAAACAAGUUUGAACA